AGUUUUCAGAGCUCCAAAACGCAUCUUCUUUUGUAAUUAAACUAUUUUAUAAAUCAAACAUUUGUGAUAUAAAAUUACUAUGUUUCUGGAUUUUGCUAAUGUUUGUCUCCAAAUUAUCCGCUGCAAAGCGCGGGCAUCGUCUAGUCUUGAUGAAAAAAGACCUGUGGUUGAUGUGCACGGCAGGUAGCUUCAUGAAUUCACAAAUUUCACAUACAGUUUCUUUAGAUUUUUCUCUGGUCACUUUCACUUUUUGUUGUCAUCCCAAAACUCUUCUUUCCCCCUCUAUUUAUUUUAAUUGCCUUGAUUGUCAGUUACCAAGAUUGCAAGAUUGUGUUGAGCAAAGAGGCAACCUAACAAAACAAGAAAAGAAAAUGGUGGUAGCCAACACAGGUGAGGUCCAGACUACAUCGAAACCUGAAUAUGAUAGAGCAAGUGAAGUUAAAGCUUUUGAUGACACAAAAGCUGGUGUCAAAGGACUUGUGGAUGAUGGAGUUACUGAGGUUCCUCGAAUGUUUCAUCAACCACGGGAUAAGUUUGAGAAAACCUCAGUUCCAGGCGGCACCCAGUUUACUAUUCCUGUUGUAGACCUUGAAGGAGUGAAGGAGAAUCCAAUUACUAGGAAGGAGAUUGUCUGCGAAGUCCGUAAUGCAUCAAAGCAAUGGGGAUUUUUUCAAGUUAUUAACCAUGGAAUUCCAAUGAGUGUUCUAGAGGAGAUGAAGGAUCGUGUACGUAGGUUUUUCGAACAAGAUGCUGAAGUCAAAAAACAGUACUACACUCGUGAUAAUAUGAAAAAAGUGGUCUACAAUUGCAAUUUUGAUCUGCAUACUGCCCCAGCAGCUAACUGGAGAGAUUCUAUUUUUUGCAGCAUGGCUCCUAAUCCUCCUAAGCUGGAAGAGUUGCCUGAACCCUGCGGGGAUAUAAUGGUGGAGUACUCAAGCCAAUUAAUGAGUUUGGGUUGUUUGCUCUUUGAGUUAUUAUCAGAAGCUCUUGGAUUGAAUCCUGACCACCUGCUGAAGCUAGAUUGUGCAAAGGGUCUAGGUCUGCUGUGCCAUUACUAUCCGGCAUGUCCACAGCCAGAAUUGACUCUAGGUGCUAGCAAACAUGCUGACAGUGACUUCCUCACGGUGCUUCUACAAGACCAUAUUGGUGGCCUCCAAGUUCUUCAUGAAAAUCAGUGGGUUGAUGUACCUCCAACUCCUGGGGCUUUGGUAGUUAACAUUGGAGAUCUGUUACAGCUUAUAUCAAAUGACAAUCUUAUAAGCGUGGAGCAUAGAGUGCUGGCGAAUUGUAUAGGACCUAGAAUAUCAGUGGCAUGCUUUUUCAUAACAGCUUUUCAGCCAAACCCAAUAUUAUAUGGACCUAUUAAGGAGUUGUUAUCAGAAGAAAAUCCAGCAAAAUACAGGGAAACUACUGUGAUAGAAUAUCUUAUCCACUUCAAUGAAAAAGGCCUUGAUGGAACUUCUGCCCUGCAACAUUUCAGGCUAUGAAAUAGCCCCGCGAAGACAAAAGGAGCAUUUGCAUAAUCGAUAGUUUGUGAUGGAAUACUUUGGCACUUCUCUGUAAUAUUUCUGAUCAUGUAUAACUAGAAUUAGAAUAUGGAAGUGAUGGUUAUAUAUCCCAUCUAUAAACUUAUGGAAGUGAUGGUUAUAUGUCCUAUCUAUAAACAUAAGUAUUAUUGAUUGUUGAAUUAGUGUCUUUCCGCUUUGGCCAUUGAAACUAUUG